AUGGACUCCACCACUCCUCCACACCCACUGCAAUGCUUAGCUACUUGCACUGUCACAAAGGGAGACUCUCAAGUCGAAGAAUGGCUCAUUCAAUGGGAAAAUCAAACAGUUUCUGAGGCAACAUGGGAAGACGCUUUUGCCAUCCAGGCUUCUUUCCCUACUUUUGGGCUUGCGGACAAGCCCAAUUUUCACGACCCCGACGUUAAAUGCUGGCAAGGGUGGAGCCACCUUAGGACCAGGAUACUUGAUCUACCGAUACUUGUUGUCCUGGAUGAAGCAUACAUUGAAUUUUCAGGACUUGAUUCUAAGAUGCAAUGGGUCAAGCAGCAUGACAAUCUUAUUGUUCUUCGCACAUUUAGCAAAAGGGCAGGGUUAGCAGGACUACGGGUGGGGUAUGGAGCAUUUCCUUUGAGCAUUAUUGAGUACCUCUGGAGGGCAAAGCAACCUUAUAAUGUCUCUGUUGCUGCUGAACUCUCUGCUUGUGCAGCAUUGCAGAAUCCUACUUAUUUGGAGAAAGUAAAAGUGGCCCUGGUAGAAGAAAGAGAGAGGCUUUAUGCGCUUUUAAAACAAGUCCCGUUUCUAAAUCCGUAUCCAAGCCAUUCCAAUUUUAUACUUUGCGAGGUCACUGCUGGAAGAGAUGCUAAGAACCUAAAGGAAGAUCUUGCAAAAAUGGGGGUGAUGAUACGUCACUACAGCAACAAAGAACUGAAGGGCUAUGUCCGUGUUUCUGUUGGUAAACCAGAUCAAACCGACGCUUUAAUGGAUUGCCUCACCCGUCUAUCUUGAUCUCUAUUAUUUUUAUUGACAUUUGUUGUUUUCUAGAAUCAAUCAGAUAAGAUGUCUGUCUGUCACAAUGUUUAGAAGAAGAAAACGCUGUAACUUGUGUUGAUUAUCACAUAUUGCACCCAUCGUUGUUUGUCAUGUAGGACAGAUGUCCUUAACUGUGAUUAAUCAGAUUGGGAGGACAUCUAUUAUGUUUUUUUUUCUUUGCUAGUUGGGGCAAAAAAUGUAACUUUUAUCUAGCGUCUUACAUUGUGAAAUUUAUAUU